UCGACACAAUUUCCCCUCGUGGAUCCGAUACUAGCCACACAGCUACCCCGAUAUUCUGGUGGGAAUCGAGCUCCCACCAAUCCAAUACCAAUGCAGCCCAAAGACUUUCACGCAUAUAAGUGGGCCAAGAAGAUCUGGGAAGCCGCAACACCUACAGCUAGUCGAAAACCAAGUCUUUCGUCUUGCAAGGACAUGAGCAUGAGCGAGCUGGCUGGCGAUAUCACGGUUGGACACAAGAAUCAACUGGAGGAUGAUACACCACCGCCCACUUAUGAGUUUGCUUCAAAAGCCCAGGCGGAGGAUGAAAAAACUAUGCCAGGAAAGACAUAUGAGCUGUUGGAAAUAGUGGCUGCAGAAAACGAAGAGAUCGAAACAAAAGUCUACUGGUUUCUGUUGGAGAUAUUGGCUAUGACGUUCUCUGUCGACUGCGGGAAAACGGAAGAGGCCAGGAUAGAUCUGCACGGCGAGGAUUCAGGCUUGGCCAACUCUUCGUCUCAUUUUUUGAGCGCCGAAUAUAGUGCUACUCUCAAGGAGCUAUGUACAUUGGUCAGAGAUCUCGAAGAAAACCUGCGACUAGGCCGCGAAAUGCGCAGGCAGGACAAGCAGCUUCUGAUGAAGAUCUUACAUAAGCCUUGUCAGAAAAAUCGCCUUGACCUGGCUUAUGUACUUGAGAUGCUCGGCCGAUACGAAACCUUCCCAGUUGGAACCGGCGAAGACAAAAGGACACUGAUUGAUUACUGGGCACCUCGUUCUCUACCCAGCGGAUCUCUACAGAGAAAGGUGGUGGGAAAGAUAUCACCAAGCCACAAGUAUUCCAUGAUGGACCUGGCCGACACUUUGAAGUCGCAUGAUGCCGUUUUCGCUCGGUUACAAAAGAAAUGGCCAAACCAACUAUUCUACGCUCCUCUCAAAUACGGCAUCGAUAAUUUCAAAAAAGAAAGGGGGUUUGAGAAUCUGCCAAUUUCGAAACAGAUGGAAACAGAGUUGGCAGCCCCGUGGAAAUCGUGCUUCUGGCCUCUGACGGAUGAGUACAUUGACUUGACGGCGGCAUUAAUGGCGGAUGAAUAUAUGGAUUUCCAUGGAGACACCCACAAACGGCUCAGGAAAGCGCGAAAUUUGCGCCGUUGA